GCUAUGAAGAAUCCGAUUGUCAAGUACCUCCUCGGGGAGGAAGUGCCGACGAGGGAGGACUACACGGAUUGGCACGAGAAUGCUAAAGGCGAGAGAUCGUGUCCGAUGCUCGCCGUCGACACCGUCGACAAUCGCGACGAGCAGGACGAGGACGGGGUCGAGGCCGACGAGAGAUAACGAAAGAUGAUGAAGGCGUUGUCGAGCAGCAGAGUGAGAGAACUCCAGGCCGUGCUGUUCCCGGUUCAACCCAUUCCAGGUGGCAUGCUCUCUGACCUAACGCCGCAGGAUUUGCAAGUGUCUCAAUUGGAACGUUACGAGAGCUCGGCUCUGAGACGAGACGCGGAAUCAGCCCUUUUCGCGAUACCUUUGGGUGUGUCCAGGCAUCGGUACUCGAAGGAGGCCCUUCGAGCGGUACUCGAUGCGCGCUGCAUCGUCGACGGAAGCAUCCAGGAAGCGGCCAGGUGGCCGACCGAGUGCCAGGUGAUUCCAGAAAGAGUUCGUCAUAUAGAAUACAAUUCUCCCACGCCGGAAGCCUUCUACGUUUCAACCGGAAAGGAGCCAAGACCCAAGCCGAUCGGUGACGAGCUUGGAACGGUGAUAUUUCGUUACUGCCCGACUAACGUUACCAAUUACUUUAGCCGAUCUUGCGUGGGCGGUAACACAGUGUUACCGUUCCCCACGGAUUUCUCCGGGGAAUCGACUGCCAACGGGAAUGACAUCUUCUUCGUCGCUGAAGCGUCCCGGCCGAAAGACGACAACACGGACCUGCGAUUCGAGUCGCGUUUCGAAUCCGGAAAUCUCGGCAAAGUGGUGAAAAUAACCGACACGUAUUACCAGCUCUAUCUGAGAAGGGACCUGUACACGCAGAGGCAUACGCAGUGGUACUACUUCAAGGUAUCCAACACGAGAAGCAGAAUCACAUACAGGUUUUCAAUCGUAAAUAUGUGCAAGGAGGAGAGUCUUUAUAACGAAGGCCUCAAACCACUUCUCUAUUCUACCGAGGACGCUCGAACUCGAUCCGUAGGCUGGAGAAGAUGCGGCGACAACAUUACAUAUUAUCGAAACAAUGACUCAUCCGACGAGGAGAGGGAGAAGCACACGUUGACAUUCAACAUCUCAUUUCCUCACGAUCGUGACAUCGUUUACUUGGCGCAUUGCUAUCCGUACACCUAUACCGAUCUUCAGGAGUACCUCGGCAAGAUCGUGGCCGACCCCGCGAAAACGAGGUUCGCCAAGCUGCGCCUGCUGUGCCGCAGCCUGGCCGGAAACGGCGUGUAUUACCUGACGAUCACCGCGCCGACCAACGACGAGGAGGUGCGUAGGAAGCGGGGUGUCGUUAUCACGGCCCGAGUGCAUCCCGGCGAGACGCCGUCGAGCUGGACGAUGAAGGGCAUCAUCGACUUUCUCACCGGCGAUACGAACCGGGCUAGGGAACUCCGAGAGAGAUUCGUCUUCAAGUUGGUGCCGAUGCUGAAUCCGGACGGCGUCAUAGUGGGCAACAAUCGGUGCUCCCUGUCCGGGAAGGACCUGAACCGGCAAUACAGGACCGUGAUGCGCGAGAGCUACCCGUCCGUCUGGCACACGAAGCUAAUGAUACGAAGGCUCCUCGAGGAAUGCGGUGUGGCGAUAUACUGCGAUCUUCACGCUCACUCGAGGAAGCACAACAUAUUCGCCUACGGCUGCGAGAGCAAGAGGACCGGAUGCAACGGGAAGCUGUCGGAACAAGUGUUUCCGCUGAUGCUUCAUAAAAAUGCAGCUGAUAAGUUCUCCUUCGAGAAUUGCAAAUUCCACGUCGAAAAGGGGAAGGAAGGCACGGGCAGGGUAGUUGUAUGGUCAAUGGGUGUGCAAAACAGUUACACCAUAGAAGCUUCUAUGGGAGGCUCUAAAAUCGGUUCCCGAUGCGGAACACAUUUUUCCACUCAUGACUACGAGCAAAUCGGCAAGGCAUUCUGUGAAACCCUGCUCGACUUUUCUGAUCAAGAUCCUAUGAAGGAAAGACUCCGAAAUAAGAUUAUAGCCAGAUUGACGAAGGAGGGCUCCAGUGCUGAGGAGCCUACCAAUAUUGUUUUGACCGACUAUUCAAGCGACGAGGGGAACAUUUCGCAGAGCUUCUCGUCGGAAGAGGAGAGGACCGAGUAUACGGAUGCCGCGUGGGCCAGCGAGGGCGGAGAGUUCCUGGCGAGUCGUCGCCGGUAUCUUUGCGUGCCACCACCGUCACCGACCUUCGUUCCGCCGAGAAGCGUCGGUCUUUACAGAAGGAGGGCGCGAAGAGACGUCGCGGGGAGAAUUUAUUUGGAGCGCAGGAGAAAUCUGGCACGACGAGCGGUGAUGGACUUGCCGACCACGGAUCCAGGUAGCGACCUGUGCGACCUGACCGAUUCGGCUGAUGAGAGUUUCGUCAGAAGCGAGGGACGUGAAUACGAUGGAGAAGUAUGGAGAAGCAAGCAAGAAUACCGCGAAAAGAUAAUCGAACUCUCUGAAAAGAAGAGGGUUGAAAAAGAGGAGCAACAGGAGACGACGCUGAUCCUACCGGAAAUCAUCACGAGGCCUCGCAGCGUGUCUUUCGGGGAGUUACUGCCGCGCAAGGAUCACCGAAAGGCUCGUCAACGACCGCGAUGUCUUCGAACGCUGAGAAAUUCAUCGCCGGUGUCACCGACGAGCCGAGAGAUGAGGCUCAAGCUGACGUCACUGAGACGGCAGAUUUGGACGGGCGUUUCGACCACCGCCACUACCACCGACGCCGAGGGCAACAACGCGGAACGUCUCGUAGACGCAUUCGUGAAGACGCCGUUGAGCUGGGGCAUCUCCAGACACGCUCUGAUGCACUAUCCCACGGACGGCGAGGUCACGCUAAAGUCGCAGUCCAAGAAGGCGCAGUCGCCCGUCUACGACGCGGACAAGGACGACGCGAGGAAGACGCGGAAGAAGUCGCGGCGGAAUGCGACCCAAAUGAAGGUGGUGGUGCGGACGGACGGGCAGAAGCCGUCUUCCAGGAGGAAGAGCACGAGGCUCGACUGGCAGCGGGCGGUGACUCUAAAUUCCCGGGGCAAGGACGUGAGAAUCGCGAGAACCUCCUCGCUCCUGACGAUCGAGGCGGACUCGUUGAAGCUGCUGGCCGCGUCGACGACGGCGUCCAAGCAGCCGCAGCGGCCGCAGCGGAAACUCGAGUCGCGCCGGAAGUUCCGCGGUGUUGGCGCCGUGGCGUCCACCUGCGUCGGCGUCGGGGCGAAGGCGAGCGCCGCGAAGCCGAUGAGGACGCGUGCGUGCCGUCGCGACGCCUUCUGCGAGAGCACGACGUCGGACGACUCCUCGUCGGACUCGGGCAAGCUGAAGGUCGUGAAGAAGAAGCAGAAGAAGAAGAAGCAGCAACAGCCGCCGAGGAAACCGAACAGAGGAACGGAGCAAGGCAAGCGCGUCUGCAGCGCGAAGACCUCGCGUAACAAUGUUUGAAUCAUUCUUCAGGACUACUAUUAUCAUCUGGACGUACUAUUAUCCUCUCGCAUCCGAGAUUUUGAAGAAUUUAGAGGAAACCUCCUCUUAAACGUUAACAAAGUAUUCUUUAAAUUAGGGACUAUAAUUAGGUUAAGAAAAUGGUUAAUAAAAGACCAAAUUGAAGAAUGAAAAAAGAAUGAUCAUAUUUAUUCUCAAUUCGUUGGAAAACUUGAGAAUAGUUGAUUGACAGGUACAUUUAUAUAAACUAAAACUACUAAUUUUCAUGUUACAACAACCCGUCGAAAUUAAUGGAUUUUUUUCGUUUUUAGCGAAUAUCUUUGAAACUAUGAG